AUGAGGUGCACCCUUCUAAAGAGAUUUUCUGUUAGUAAGGCGAUAAAUAACGCUAGACGUUAUCAUAGUCCUGAUUAUAAUUUUGAUCUUACAAAUCAUAAUUUGAGCGUGCAACAGGAACAAAAGAAUGCUCUACAAAGAACAUCGGAAGAUUUAUCCAUAAUUACUUCAUAUUUUCCAAAGUCAUUUAAUUUUGCUGCGUAUGUUAAUAGUUCAAAUACAUUGCAGACUUUACUUCACUUAAAUGUAAAUCUUAGCAAAAUUGAGAAGAAACCUUUUGUUGCUGAGAAAAUAUUAAAGUUAAAUUUUGAAGAAGAGAAUACUAAAGAGAUUCUUUUGUUUAUUAAGGAUUAUGUAGGUGUGGAAUAUAUUGGUCAUUUUUUAACAAAAAAUCCUUUAAUUUUGUUUGAAACUGCAGAAGACCUGAAGAUAAGAGUAAACUACUUAGAAUCAAAAAAAUUUCAAAAUGAAUCAAUAAGAAAAAUAAUUACACAGAAUCCAUUUUGGCUUAUGUUCAGCACAAUAAGAAUUGAUAAACGAUUAGGUUAUUACCAAGAGAAAUUUAAAUUGUGUGGUAGUGAAGUAAGGUACUUAGCAACUAAACAACCAAAUUUAAUUACAUACAAUCUCCAUCAUAUUCAAACAAAUUCUUUUGUUAUUAAAGAAGAAAUGGGAUUUAAUGAUAAUGAAGUGAAGGAAUUAAUUUUAAAAAUACCAAAAGUAUGGAUGAUAAAUCAACAUUCAUUACUUGAAAGAUUCAAUUAUGUUCACAAUGUAAUGAAAAUACCACAUGAAAAAGUAUUACAUUAUCCAAAUAUAUUACUAUGUAGGAAUUUUAAAGUAAAACAAAGGCAUAUAUUUUUGGAAAAAUUGGGCAGAGCUCAAUAUGAUGCAACAAAAGAAAACUAUGUUCCAUUAUCUGCUUUAAUUGAAGGUACAGAUCAGGAUUUUUGCAGAACAUAUGCUAAAUGUCUUGUCGAUGACUUUAACACAUUUUUAAAAACUAUGUGA